UCCCAGCAUCAUUCGAUUAGCAACAUUCAAAGCAUUAACAAUGAAAACUUUCGUCUGUGUCAUCCUCCUCGCGGCUGCUGUGGUUGCUGAGCCACCAAGCUACAGGAACUCAAGAUACCGUUCUCAAAGACAAGAAGCGGAAGGCUCGGGAGAUGCUCCUUAUCCAGCCGCCGGUUACAGACCAUCCAAAGAAUUCAACCUUCCUUCUCGCAAGGAAACUGCACCUCCAGCCCCUUCAUACGGUAUACCGGCUGAUAGUUAUGGGGCUCCAUUCAAUACUUACUUGACCCCGCAAACAGAAUACGGAGUACCAGAGGAAGGGAAGGAAUCCAACAACGAAGAGAAAGACGUGGAAGCAGUAGAAGAACCCAAGCAGGAAGAAAAUCAGAAACUUAAAGAAGAGCCUAAGAAAGACGCCGAAGUGGUCAGUUCACAAGGCGCAUACUAUGUCCUUCUACCAGGAUCUCAACUCCAAAGAGUACAAUUCGAGACUGAAAACGAUCUCCGUAACAUGGCGUACACUGCACGACUUCAAUACAAGAGUGAAGACCGCGCACCACUGUUCGUGUACAGCGCAGUACCUCAAUAUCAAUCCGCGGCGUACAUACAACUCUUUUAAUGUCUUUAGAGGCAUAAUGACGACAAUAAAAACAUGUGACUCCGUGCGUGCAUCAAGAAAUAUAUAUUUGUUGAAAAUGAUGGCCUCAAAGCUGCUGUUAUCUUGUUGUUGCGGUUUACGAUCAACUAGAAUUGCAAUAAAUAUUAUAACAUAA